GACUCAAUGGGAUCGCUCAGCUGUGUGAUUCUCAUCGGAAUGAGCUCAACAUGGCGGAAACUAGGGGGCUAGCAAGUAUUUCGACCCAGUAUCCCGAACCCUGCACUAAACGCGUUAUUGCUUUGAGAAGAUAAGCAAGAAAACGUAGCGAUAGUUUCUGAUAUGUCUGGUCAUAUUUCUUUCUUCCCGUGGACCACGAAGCCCAUACCACAUUUAAGCGAAGAAGAAACGCAUUGAGAAAGCCCCUUGAGAUGAGUAAUCCUGCAACAGCGAUCCAGAGGUCCUCCUCCUCUAUACCACUGCCUGCGGAUCAUGUGUUGAACUCGGGAGCUGUGAUCUUUCCCGGUGCAUUCGAUCAACAAGGAUGCCCACUGGUGUUGUUCCCAGCGGAGACUCAAAACAAACUCUGCGAUCUCACCAAGGAAGACAUUAAUGGCUUCAUAAACUACUUUCUACGUUUGCAUAACGAAAGCCAAGAGAAGGAGAGCUUGGUCUCUGUAGUUGUUGACUUAAGGCAAGCUACACUCUCCACCACAAGAGGUAUAGCCGACAGCUUACAGCUGCUAGAGCUUCACAAGAGGACAGUUCACACCUUGUAUGUUGUCCAACCCAAAAAGAAAGAUGUCCUGAAGCUGUUGCUCAAAGUCCUCGUACCAGGCAAUUCAAAACGAUACAUUUCUGCACCUUUCAAGCGUGUUUUCCUCAAAGAAGUCUUUGAACUUCAUAACUUCAUUGACAGAAGCCAGUUAACUCCAUCUCUAGGAGGAUAUCUUAUCUACAGUCAUGGGAGCUGGGCGACCUUUAUUAAGGAGAUUGAUUGCUUUGUCAAGGAGUUUUUGUCAGUGGUUCAGAAAUUGCCUUCAUGCAUAGCAACCUUGCAGACCAUCUCCCAUCAGCCAGUGCCCUCAGGAUUGGAUGAACUGAAAGAGUUUUGUUCAGUUAACGAAGCCAGAUUUCAGCAGCUGCGCUGUGACCUUGGCCUAGACGAGCUGCUGAGGCAUUGCGAAUCUGUGGUGGAGAAACUGCGGUACCCUGAGAACGAUCCAUGCUACCAGGCCAUGGCUGGGACUUCCAUCUUCACCCACACGGCAUAUGACAUGCUGCUGAACUACAGCAGAAUAACCGCAGCUGUGGAGAAGGUGGAGUUGCUGUGGCAACAGGCCUUUUCCAAGGCCCACCUCCUGCUGAGGGUGCUCCAGCUUCAGAGGGAAGCACAACAGAUAACGGAACAGAUGGGGGCCUUGCGGAAAGAGAAACUUCAGCCAUACCGAAUUGAAAUUGCCAAAGAUGGCAGCACGGCAAACUCCCUGAAGUUGGAAUUUGAAACGUGUAUAUACACACCUGCCAUGGCUUUAGUUCGCCGCGCUGAAGACGUGAUUCACACGCUGCUGGAGAUGUUGCCCCAGGGGGAGGUGCAGCCUCGGGAGCAGUGGGCGGAGGAGCUGGACCUCCUGAAGGAGCGAUUUUACUCCACUGUGCAGCUCCCCUACCAAACCCUCAGAGUGGUCUCGGACUUCUACCACUACUAUGAAAAGGUUAAGUCCUGGUACAAUCUUGUCCUCUGUGAGAACUUCCUCCAGGAUCUUCUGUGGGGUGGGAACUGUGAGGGUUUCUCUUCACUGCAUCAUUCUCACGAGCCCAUUUGUGGGGUACCGGUAUGGAGACAGGCAGUGUACGAGUUUCUCAGAAAGAACCCCUCCCCAGAAAUGUCAGAGGUGGUUCAGUUGGCACACCUGGCUAAUGUCAUUCCAGAAACAACAUUACAACAGUCAGGCAAGCAGCUGUCACAUCGUUGCAUGACCUUGAGGAAACUGCUGACCUCCCCUGGAGCAGUGCCACUGAAUGACCUUCAGCUAGCCUUACAGUGGCAGUAUGAAUUUCUUAGAGGCAACAACAAAGGGUCUGACUGGAUUUUAAAAGGUGGAGCAUCCAGUCUCUCCUCCGAACCAGCUUUCACAUCUGGCGUGGACUUGGAGCCGACAGCACCUACUGUUGAAUCUUUAGACAGUCUGAGAAAGUGGGAGUCUGGGAAGGAAGUGGUCCUCCACCACACUUCCCUGCUCCCACCCAACACAGGUGCUGCCUGUGCUCCGGUGUCCGGCAAGCCUCCCUCUCUGAGUUCCUUUGACUCUGGCUUUGACGGAGCUGGAGGCAGCCACCUGGAGACGGGGAAUGGGAGGGAAGCACUGGAUGGUUUGCUGAGAUUGCCUGGUGCCCCAGACCCAUCAAGACCGAAGCCCCCACAACCCCAGAUUCAUGAAGAGAGCAUCUCCAGUAUUUCUGAUUCUGAGGAUCACCAGAAAGUUGAAUUUGGCACAUCAGACAGCCCAUCACCUGCAAGCAUUCAGAUCAUUCCCAAGAUCACACUGGAUUCACUGAAUUUUGAGAUUAAGGUGAAGCGAUCGGCCACCCUUCCCAAAAACCCGUGGCUUAGUCUGCCAGUUGAGGAUCUUGAGAACUCCUACACGGUCACAAUCACACCAAACAAGCACUCUCGUCUUGGAGACCCGAGGAGCGACAGUGCCUCGGAACAGUCCCCACGUAGUGACGCGUCCAGCAGGUCGCGAGAUCAGCCCACCCAGACAGAGGUUCUGACCAGCAGGCGGUCCACUGAUGCGAAUUUCAGAGAGCUCUCUGCUCUGGACAGUUUUGACUCCGCUGAACUGAGCCCGGUCCGUGGCGUUCUCUCCAGCACCAUCACGGAACCCAGUGAUCGGCAUAGCUACAUGACUGAGGGUGUCCCCACGCUGCUCUGGGACUCGUACGACUUCCACAACCUCAGACAGGAGACCUGUGAUGGGUUAUCAAACUCGUCUGAAGUGUCCCUGAGUGACUGGGCAUUGAGGGAGCAAGAAGGAUUAAAAGAAGUGGAAGAGAUCCUUGAUCGUGCUGAAGGAAUACUAAAGGAGGAAGAGAGUGUUUUGGCGCAGGAGGAGAUGUUGGAUGUUCUAGUAGAGGCAGAGAGUCCACACAAUCAGUGGCCAUUGUGGGAGAGUGAAGAGCAGUUCAGUGCGAUGUCAUCUUGUGAAUUGGAAGAAUCGGGGGUCAUUGGUUUGGAAAAUGCUUCUUUGCAUGCUGAACAAGAUGGCUAUCAGUCAUCUGAUGGAUCAGAACGUGAAAUGACAGCGUUCCGCUUGCAGUUAGAUGACGGGCGGAGGCUGGUUGAUUCUGACCUGGAAGGUGCUCAGAGUAGCCGAAGUGGUCUCCUUCAAGAACUUCAGGGUCUCCAUGACCUUGAGGAGCGUAUUUUGGAGGAGAAUGUGAAGAUCCAUGAGCUACGGAGGCAUGAAGAAGUGGAAGAGCCCCUAGUGGAAAAGAACCAAGGUGGUGAUCAGUCAUCGAGAUCCAGCACAGAUAGAAAAAGGUUCCUGAAAGAGCUGGAGAAGGAGAAAAGGGAAGUUGAGAGAAUGGAGCGGAGUCUUCACAAAGAAAUGGAAAAGGACAAACACAAGGUGAAGAAAUGUUUAAGUAGGGCCCGGAGAGUGGUGACUUGCUCAGUCAUGGAGAGAACCUCCACACUGGAAAACUUGGAUGACUCUUUGUGUGAAAAAACUAAAUCUAACUCCCAGGGCCAAGGCCAUAAUUUGGAGAAAUUGACAGAACCUGGCACUGUGGUGGAUGAUUCCAAUACUGAUGGGUCCCUGCGUUCUAUCCAGAGCUCUCCUCAGAACAAUGUUCCAAGUGGCCCUCCGGAUACAUGUGAGACUGAAGUGGAUCCAGAGGAUGAGACUAACCUCUCUGAGGGAAAUGAGGUCGACUCUUCCAACUGUCUUGAGCAUGCUGAUCAAAAUGCACCAGAAUCUCUUAAAGACGUACUUGGAAGAGAACCACAUCUUGAUGGGGACAGUAGUGAAGAGUCUGACAAAGGAAAGGAACUUGUGGUUUUCAUAGCAAUAGAAAAUGAAAGCAAUGUUAUAGAUGAUGAGGUGGUAAAGGGAGGAGAGUCGGAGGUUCCUGAUUCGCCGCCUGAUAUUGAUGCAUUUGACCCUGGUGGUUCAGCAGAAAACGCUCCUCUACCGAAGCCAAGAAAAACCUUGUCUGUUGAUUACAGUUCAGCGCUCAAUAAAUCUGAAGAGCAAGUCGAUGCAAACACCUUUGAAGAAGGUCCAAGCUCCUUUCCCUUAGAGCCAACACCAAUCAUCACCCCGCCUCAGCCAAAAGCGAGAACUUGCCAGCUGUCUACGAACCAUCUUAUACAUCCAGAUGUGAUGAAACACAGCAGUAAUAACAAUAACAACAACCCCACCAGUGAGCAUCAAACGGCAGUUUCAUGUAAUGACACUGAGCCAUCCUGUAGAGAGGCCGAUGUUCAAGACGAUCCUUUAAAUGCCCUUGUCCCGGACCUAGAAAACCAUUCCACUGAACACUCCGACGAUGUCACUGAACACUCCGACGAUGUCUCUGAACCCAGUUCUCGGGUGGAACACGUAGAGGGUGUAAGAGUGUCAUGUGGUCUGGUAGAAGAGGUGACAAGUGAAGAUGGAGGUUCUAAUGGCUUCCAGAGCUGUAGUCUUUCCUUUUAUCCCAUCAGCUCAACUCCUGUCAGUCAACUGGUUGACCUACACACAAGAGAGAUGUCCCAUUUUAAAACUCCAAUCAUCCUGGACACUGGAUCGGGUCUGAUGAAGGCUGGAUUUUCUGACCAAGAUCUGCCUACCACCAUAUUUCCAACAGUUAUUGGAGUCCCCAAAUAUGAGGAGGUCAUGAAUGGGCGGUUCGAGAGGGAAACCUACAUCGGCCAUGACGCCCAACACAUGAGGGGAGUCUUGGCCCUGAAGUAUCCUAUGAAGAAUGGCAUUAUUCGCAACUGGGAUGAUAUGGAAAUGAUCUGGAGCCACACAUUCCAGCAGCUGAACGUGGACCCUGAGGACCACCCUGUGAUGCUGACUGAAGCGGCGCUGAACCCCAAGGAGAACAGGCAGCGCAUGGUGGAGCUCAUGUUUGAGGCCUUCAGUGUUCCCCUCACCUACGUGGCCAUGCAGGCAGUGCUGGCACUGUACGCAGCAGGACGCACCACAGGUGUGGUGUUUGACUCUGGAGAUGGGGUGAGCCACAGCGUGCCGGUGUUUGAGGGAUAUUGCCUUCCCCAUGCUGUUCAGCGCUUCACUCUGGCUGGCAUAGAUGUCACACUGCACCUUAAAAAGUUGCUGCAGGAGCAAGGUGUGUCCAUGUGCACGUCCGCAGAGCAAGAGAUCGUGCGGGACAUGAAGGAGAGGCACUGCUGCGUUGCUCUGGACUACGAGGCAGAACUGGCACGAGAAGGAGCCUCUAGUUCUCCAGUGUAUUACACUCUGCCAGACGGACAGAUUGUGCGUCUGACCAAAGAGAGGUUCAGAGCUCCUGAGAUCCUUUUCAAGCCUGAGCUAAUUGGACGUGACCACUAUGGGAUCCAUGAAAGUAUUUUUAAGUCAAUCCUCCAUUCUGAUAUUGACCUACGAAAGAGCUUUGUGGGAAACAUUGUUCUGUCAGGUGGCAAUACCCUGCUGGCAGGCCUACCUGAGCGGCUUCAGAGCGAGCUCAAAAAGAUGGUGCCCCCUGAUCUGGCUGAAUGUGUCCGGGUGAUGAGCCCAAAGGAUCGUGACUUCUCCGUGUGGAGUGGAGGGGCAGUGCUGUCCAACCUGUCCGCCUUCAGCUCUGCCUGGAUCAGCCAGGAUGAGUAUGAGGAGUAUGGCCCCCAGAUUGUCUUCAGGAAAUGCUUUUGAUACCCUCCCAUCCCAUAGUCUUUCAGGUGGGGCUGGUGUGAGCCAGGUCUCCAGAAAGUGCUCAGACUGUCCUCAGGAACCAGUGCAAUAUAUUAAUAUAUUAAAAAAAGACGUGCAGGUGCCUAAUUCCAUGGUCCAUCCGAUCAUUUGCUGGUUUGUGCGUGCGUGCGUGCGUGCGCGCAUGCUUUGUGUUGUCUGUCUUUUUACGUAAUCAUUUCGUGACCCUGUGGAUUGUGUGGAUGACUUCCCUGAAAUGAUACUCCAGAGUUUUACUUCAGGAGGCCAUACAGAAUGGACAGUGAACUCCACCAAUGAUCUAAAUGAACUACAGGGUAAAGAGAACUGGGUUUUUAAUUGUCUUUAUUUAUAACGAGCCAUUUGAUUUGACACCUGCACUUGAAUAGUACAUGUUCAAAAGGAACAUUAAAAACCUUUUCGAGGAGACUCUUCUCUCGAGUCUCAAAAUUGUGAGUUUGGUUGUGUCAAUCAGGUACUUUUUAUCCAUGUUUUAAUUAAAUAUUUCCUUGUUAUACUGAAUAUAUAUAUAUGUAAUAUGGAAGGAUUAAAAUAUAUAUAUAUAUAUAUAUAUAUAUAUAGUAACAUAAUAAGCUAUACUUGUUACCUUUUCAGUGUUAACUUGGUUAAAGGUGUAGGUCUUUUUUUGUAUUUGUUUUUCCUCUUAAUGUUUUUUUUUGGCCUUGUACUGAAAUUUAAUAUUUCAUAAGUUGGAUAUUUGCAAAAUCUUCACCGUCUUUACUACAAACUUGACCUGAGGGAUAUUAGACAUGUGGUGGUUAUUGUACAUUUGGCUUAGGGCCAUAAUUGGUUUGUGUGCUAAAUCCUUGAUUUUCUCUAAAUACUAUGAUGAACUUUUUUUUUUUAAACACAUCAGUAUGGUUUGCCCUUAUCACAUGAUUGAGUGCUUUCGUUCUCUUUGUAAAGCUUUUGAAAAUGUUUCAAGAUUUGUUUGAAUUUCUUAUAUGUAAGUAUGUGUCUUCAGUUUUCAAGCCCGAGCCAUUUGCACAGUCAUAAACUGCAUUAGUUUAACAAUCCCUCAGACUGGCCAUCCUUUAUCAUUAGUUUGCUUAAUGUGCAUUUACACCAGCCCAAUAUCAAACUUAACCAGCCCUCUUAAGCGGCCUUUUUAUUUCUACUAACACUAUAUUUGCGAUGAGCACUUAACUUACUCUGCCACUAUUUCCUGCAUGUUUACAAGUAUGGGUUAGGGCUGCCUUGUCUAUGUGCAGAAGGGUUUAAAUGUGAUAUAACUCGGCUAAUGGUGCAUAAGCCAUUAAGCAACACUUACAUUCCUGUGUACAAGGACCAAUUGUUUAUGUACCUAUUGCAAUCAACUGGUUGGUUUGAUGCAAUGUGGAUUUUCAUUUUUCAAAUUUUUUAUAAGUAUCUCUAUUUUUAAUUUUUUUUGUGUGUGUGAACAACUUUGACUUCUUUCCAAGCAGAACUAUUGCUUCUCCACCUUUACUGGACACCAAGUUAUGUAUGUCAUAUUUGACAUUUUUACAAUAAAUAAUCAUAACUGAA